ACAAAUGGCCUGGAAAUAAACACACGCGCACGCGCCCGCGCCCGCGCGCGCGAAUCGCACCUGCGGCUCGCGACCGACCGGGCACACGAACGGGAUCUUUGCUCGGCGUCUCCCGAGGAGCCGACAUGUCAACCUGUGCAGCAGUGAGCGACUUCAACAAUGGCGUGGAGGCCAGUUCGGACUCUGACGACGAGGACAAGCUACACAUCGUGGAGGACGAGGGCCUGCAGGAGCCCGAGGUCGCCGCCGCCGCCGCCGAGGGGACCACGCCACAGGAGAGCCACGCCGCCGAUGCAGACGCCGCCGACGCCACAACAGUAUUACCCCACAACGGCUCCUGGAACGGAGUGAAGGAGGAGUAUGUUUCCGAAGAGGAGGAGGAAGAGGAAGAAGAGGAGGUGAAGGAUGCACUGGUGGAGGAGAUUCUCCAGCAGGGAGACACGGCCGUCAUCUACCCUGAAGCCCCCGAGGACGAGCAGAGUCCGGUGGAGACGGUGGGCGCUGAUGAGAACGGCACACCAGACUCCUUCUCCCAGUUGCACACGUGCCCCUAUUGCUCCCGGGGCUACAAGCGCAACGCCUCGCUGAAGGAGCACAUCAAGUAUCGCCACGAGACCAGCGAGGACAACUACAGCUGCUCGCACUGCAGCUACACCUUCACCUACCGCUCGCAGCUGGAGAGGCACAUGAGCCACCAUAGGGGCAACAAGGACCAGCGUCACGUGUCCCAGCCGACGGGAGGAUUAGGAGGAACGGCCGGAAACCGCAAGUUCAAGUGCACCGAGUGCUUCAAGGCCUUCAAGUACAAGCACCACCUGAAGGAGCACCUGCGCAUUCACAGUGGUGAGAAACCAUAUGAAUGCUCGAACUGCAAGAAGCGAUUCUCCCACUCGGGCUCCUACAGCUCCCACAUCAGCAGUAAGAAGUGUGUGGGCGCCGCGCCCCCAAACGGCGUCGCUCGGACGGCGAACAAGUCCCCUCCGCCCACCGCCCAGACCGCACCCGUUGUAAUCGCCCCGGCACGCAUGAUCCUCAAAGAGAAGACGGAGAGCAAGCCCCUGCAGGAGCAGCUCCCCGUCACCCAGAUCAAAUCUGAACCUGUGGAAUACGAGUGCAAGCCUGCGAUGGCGGCGCCGGCGACUUCGGCCGGCACCAACGGCGUGGUGAACAGGGGGACGGCCCAGCCGGCCGUCGUCCCGGCCACGACCCUGCCUCAGGGCGUUGCCAUGGUCGUGCCCACCAUGGGGCUGAUGUCGCCCAUCAGCAUCAAUCUGAACGACUUGCAGAAUGUACUCAAGGUGGCGAUGGACGGAAACGUGCUCAGGCAGGUGCUGGGCUCGGCCAAUGGGGUGGUGACGCAAGGGAAGCAGGGGAUUGUGGUGCAGCAGGCGCAGCAGCAGAUCAUCAGCCUGCCGGCGUUCGUGGAUCACGACGGCACCACGAAGAUCAUCAUCAACUAUAGCAUCAGCCCGGCGGCCGGCACCACCGCCACGACCCAACCGCUCAUUGUCAAGAACAAUCCCCCUCCCGCUCCCACUGUGAUUAGCACCGCCGCUGCAGCCCCAUCCCCCACUGACACGGAUAAACCCUCGAACCCGGAGGCGGCCGACCUCUCUAUCGUCAAGGCGGAGCCCGAAUCGGUGCCCGUUACGGGCGAGACAGAGUCGGUCCCGCGGAUGAAACAGGAAACUUUUGACAGUUCAGACACAUCUCAGAUGCCAAAAGCCAACAGCACCGGUACGUGUUUACUGUGCGACGACUGUCCCGACAACCUGGAGGCGUUGCACCUCCUCCAGCAUCGCAAAGCGGCCAACGGGGAGGCAGUCGACUCGGCCGCCCUGGAUCCCUCGUUCGCCGCGCUGCUGAGCGAGGCGGGGGUGACGCUGGAGCAGGAGCCGCCCGUGGAGGACGUUGUCUCGCUCCUCAAGAACUAUUUCGCUUCGAACGCCAACCCCAGCAAGGCGGAGCUGGGGAAGAUCUCGGAGGACGUCAGUAUUCCCGUGGACGUGGUCAGAAAGUGGUUUGCUAAGAUGAACGCUGGGAAAAAAUUGGGCAGAAGCCGCAGCGACGCAAAGGCGGUUCCCAGAAGGACUCGAACCAAACAUUUCAACUCGGCAGACACUUCGAACCAGAAAAGAGAGGAAGACGACGACUCCAACAAAGGUUCUGGGAGGACGUCUCCCUCAGACUGCACGUCACCGAGCAUCAACGCCAGCGACCUAGUCAUCGUCAAAAGCGAGCCGGAAGACCCCGAGGCGCCGGACUCCCAGGCCGAGCCCCUGGACCUCUCCCUCCCUAAGCAUGUCGCGGCGGCGCUCCAGGCCAAGACGACCCGACCCCCCGCCAAGCAGCAGGAGCAGCCCCUGAACCUCACCUGCCUGCGGAAGGAGCAGCUCGACGGUCGCACCAUAUACGUCACCACGCCGCAGACGGGACACCCGGUCAACAUCGUCACCGCCGCGCAGCUGCCCACGCUGGUGGCCAUCGCCAGCCAGGGCACGGUGGGUUGUCUCAGCGCCAUCAACACCACGACGAAGCGGACAAUCCUCAUCCCCCAGCUCACCUACACCUACGCCACGACGGGCGGCAGCGCCUCCGGAGCGAAGACGGUCGUCCUCAACGGACAUACGGAGGAGAAGCGUGUGGACAGCAGCUCCGACGGCGUGUCGGCGGUGGAGGAGCAGAACGACUCGGACUCAGCCGGGCUGAUGAAGAAACGGCGGCUGGAGAACGGCGUCUACCCCUGCGACCUUUGCUCCAAGGUCUUCCAGAAGGGCAGCUCGCUGCUCAGGCACAAAUACGAACACACGGGAAAGCGUCCCCACGAGUGCAGCAUCUGCAAGAAGGCCUUCAAACACAAGCACCACUUGAUCGAGCACUCGCGGCUGCACUCGGGCGAGAAACCGUACCAGUGCGACAAGUGCGGCAAGCGCUUCUCCCACUCGGGCUCUUACUCGCAGCACAUGAACCACCGCUACUCCUACUGUAAGAGGGGGGACCGCUCGAGCCCCGUCUCGCUGCUGGGGCUACGCCAGGCCCAGAUGGAGCUCGGCAGCCCCGGCACGGGGCCGCAGUCCGACAGCCGCACCACCACCCCGCCCUCCCAACUGGACUCGGACGAGCGGGAGAGCGGGGAGGAGGACGACGAGGCCAUGUGCAUGGACGACAUCCGGGUCGUGCAAGUGGACGACGGCGAGUGCGAGAUCUACGAGGGUAACUUUGACGACGACGGCGACGACGACGGCGACGACGACGGCGACGACGACGACGACGAUGAGGAGGAGGAGGUGACGACAGAGGAGGAGACGGGGAUAGAGAAAGUGGAGAGGGAGUUUGCGUGCGACGUGGUGGAGAUCGAGCUGGGGGAGGAUCACAUGGCGGAGGGAGAGGCGGACGGAAGAACCGAGGAGAAGCAGGAAGCAGGGGGUGUGGAAACAGCGGAAAUAAAAGCGGCAGGUGUGAAAACUCCAGGUGUGGAAACAGAAGAAAUGGAAACUCCAGGUGUGGAAACAGAAGAAAUGGAAACUCCAGGUGUGGAAGCUGCAAGUGUGGAAACUGCCGGUGUGGAAACUCCAGGUGUGGAAACUCCAGGUGUGGAAGCUGCCGGUGUGGAAGCUGCAAGUGUGGAAGCUGCAAGUGUGGAAGCUGCAAGUGUGGAAGCUGCAGGUGUGGAAGCUGCAGGUGUGGAAGCUGCAGGUGUGGAAGCUGCAAGUGUGGAAGCUGCAGGUGUGGAAGCUGCAGGUUUGGAAGCUGCAGGUGUGGAAGCGGUGGAAAUGGAAGACUGUGAAGCAGAAACGGACAAAAGCAUCAGGGAGGAGUCUGCCGGCACCAAACCCACGGAGGAAGUGGAGACCAACGCCAAAUAAAGUAAAAAAAAACGGAAGGAAGGAGAAAUCUCUUCAGGACAGUUCGAAUGUGUUUGAUCAUCGAAGUCGGAGUUGUUGAGACAAAGCCGCAUCUUUGCCGUUAGAAGGAAGUCGCGGCGGUUGCCUGAUUUUUAUUAACGGUCCACCACUGUGUACAAAACAACCCAGGUGUGCCUGAACUUGAAAAAAAGAAAAGAAGAAAAAAAACUGUGACAUUUUUUUUCUUCCUCUUGUGAAAAGUUAAACUUAUCAGUGUUAAAAUUGUUUAUAGAAGUACAGAAUUUUAAAGCAUAACUUUCACCCAUGGACUUGUUAGACUUGUUACUGAAAACAUCCCAGGUGGUUUCGUCCGUUUGUCUGUUUUUAUUUGGGCAGUGUUACUAAUCUUGUUCUCGUUGGACACAUUUCAACCUGUAAAGAUGAGAGAGAUUUCUAUACCUUUUUAUUGCCAAUGAAGUUUCCUAAAAAAAAAAAUUUAAAAAAUCAGUAUUUUAUUGAGUUCGACGAACAAAAAAACCUCUGCACUACAGUAUUCCUGGUUUUACCUAUGGAUACAUGCCUCAUGCAUCGUAUGCCCGUCAGUGUUAUAUAUGUGCGCUGGCUAGUGUCCGUCUUUUGCUAGCUGGCGUUGCGUUUUGUGUUUCAGUUUUGACUGUUAGCCUUAAGGAAAACAAAAAGUAUUCUUGGGGAGGGGAGGGAGGGGUGGGAAGGAGAACGUGGCGGCGGCUGUGCGCCAUUACCAAAUUUGUCCAAUCAGGGAAGGUAGAGGCAAAACCUCAAAAGCCAGCAUCACACACACACACACACCUGUGUGUUUUCGCAAAAAAAAACAAAAACUGGGCGCAGACCCGGACGGGUGUGCAGACCCCACCCGUCCGGCUGCAGGUUCCAGAACACGUGAAACCCCCUUUUUUUAAACCAAGCGUCUCCAAAUUUUGGCUUCAGUUCUCAAGUCAGUGUUUCAGUGUUAUUAGCUCAUAUAUGAUGAAGUCAUAACUGUACGUGAAGGGGCGGGGCUCGUUCCCCAUCCACGCCCACCGCCCCGCCCCGCCCCCCCCGAUGCCUCCAGCCUUAUGCAAAGACCCGUGUGCUGUUAAAAGUGCCAUUGAACAGUGUUAUCGUCUCGUCUCCACACGUGUAGCCAGUGUUAUGUUCCCCCGGUGUUACUCAGCAAAGACCCCGUGUCGACUAAUGUUUGUUGACCUCGCACAGAACAGCAGAUUUUUUUUAGGUCACGGUUCAUUUAAAGAAGUUUCCUGUGAAAUUGAAUGCAAAUGCUUUUCUUUUCCUUUUUGUUUUGAGGCCUUGAACACUAUGAGCAGAAAGUUGGGACACAGUUUUUUAUGGCGGCAAGAAAGUAAUUUUUUUUAUUUUCGCUUAAUCUGCCUGUUAUUUUUUUUUUCUUCAUUACCAACUAAUAGUUUUGUUUACAAACUGUGAGAAAAUAGUUUAUUGAAAAAAAAAUGCACAUUAUUUUUAUUAUUAUCUUCAAAUGUCUAUUUUUCUUCUUUCAGACCGACAGUCCACAACCCAAAGAUAUUCACUUUACUAUGAAAUAUGAACAGAAAGACGUCAGCUCGGAGAAGAUGGAGUCAACCAUCGGUCAGUUUAAUUGAUUAAUCCGCCAACGGUCAGUUAUUGAAACUAGUUUUUCCACAAAAGCAGAAGUUACAAACGAUUAAUCAUUGAUCAAAAUAGCUCCAGAUAAUGUUGUUUUCUUUGACAGUCAAAUUAUUCGUACCGUUAUCAAAUGAUUUUCUGUUUGUUAAAAGUCUGUAGUUUCCCAACGGAAACAAAAAAAUCUCAAUUCAAAACUUUCAGUUCAAAAGUGAAAAAGUUCUGUAGCAGAAAAAUGUGGGAACUGUUGGAAACAUGAAAUCAGAAACAGUCACAAAAUAACACGGUUCGUUUUUUUAAAGCGAGUUCAUAAGUUGGACGUUACGUCACAAGGCAAAAAGUUUCGAAGAUGUUUACACACGUGCGUAAAAAAACAGACGAUGCUCUGUUGAUGCAGAUUGAAAAAGCGUUGGAAGCGAGAAACGUGCCGCUGCGUCGUGCAGGGAGUUUAAAUAAAGAGAGUCAAUAAUCACAUUUCAGACGUGCACUUGUUUUUAGCAGAGUAAGAAAAGAAGUGGUCGGAAGCUGUGCCGCACUUCAGGUAACGAACGUCAGUGAAUGUGUUCUCCGUCAAAUGUUUUCAGUUGCUUUUACCGAACAGUGUUUUUUUCAUAAUUUUAAUUUUUUGGUCUGUGUUUCCUCCUGUAUGUUUCCUUUCCUUUCUUUCUCCCCAACAAUGGCAGUAUUAGAACCCUUUUCACAGAUUUAGAAGGAAAAAAAGAAGAAAUGUACCUGUUUUAGUUUUUAGCGGACUUUUUUAUAUUUAUGUCUUAUUUUUAUAUUUUCUUUUAUGGGUUAUUUAUUACACAUUGUAGUGUACAUUACUGUAGUUUGAAUUGAUACAAUAAUAUAUUUUAGUAUGAAAAAUAAUCUCACGACAAACUUAAAAAAAAACUAAAAAAAAUCCCAAAAUGUGGUUCUGGGAGACGAAGUUUGUUUUAACAAAAAAAAAAGCAUUUUAAAAAAAGUAUUAAAAAUGUAAAAAAAAAACAAAAAAAACAUGUAUUCUGUACACAUGACUUCUGUUUUAAGCUAAAGAUGAAAAAAAAAAAGAAGACAGGAAUGAAAUUGAGAACUAGAAACUGUUACAUGUGCAUCCGCUCUGUGCGUCGUUAUGAAGCUACUGAAUUCUGAACCUCUGAUUUUAAAAGCAUGAGUCGUCGCCGUGUUAAUGAAGGAUCUUCGCUAUGAAGACGUUGCUCCUCACUUUUUUUCCCUUCUGUUUUUUCUCCUCGAAGCCAAAUUUAGAAUCAUCCCGCCGCCACCGUGUUUUUCUGUUCUGUGCCAACUCGCCCCAUCGUACUGUCGCAGGCCGCAUAUCGUCUGUCCUCUGCGCGCCCCUUUGUAAAUCCACUGUCUUUUCUUUUUGUUUUUGUAUUGUUUGUACUUUAGUUUUGCUCCAUUUUUAUGACUCCCCAUCACAAUAAAAUGUAAGAAAGCU